AUGCUCCCCUCAAUAACCCCUCUCCUCCUCCUCGCCGCCGCAGGAACCUCCCACGCAAUCAACAUCUGCUGCUCCUCCUUCGCAGGACACACCUGCACGAAAGACCAAUACAACAACCACCGCCAAAAUGUUAUCCUGAACCAAAUCAUCAACGUGGACGGCCGCAACUGCGUCCGCAAGGGCGCCGGCCCGGGUGCCUGGACCGACAAGAAGGACUGGUCCGAGUGGUACGACUGCCAGCAGUGGGUCGGCCCCGAGCAGCACCAGAUUGAGGUCGGGGAGUGCACCCUCUUCUGCGUCAAGCCCAGUGGUCUUCUGAAUAAGCCUUGUAUUUGA